UUGCCUUGCAAAAAGCCGACAAAAUGUUGGAAGCACCAAUGCGUGUAUUUGACCGGUACUUAAGCUGGGAAUGCUGCAAGAUGCGAGCAUUCCGUGCGUACAUUUGAUGGUCAAAACAUGAAAGGAUUUUUGUAUCUUUGUCUAAUAGUGAUAGUAACAGUUGAAACUGUUAGAUCACAAGGUCCUCCGACAAGAACAAGGAAAGGAAAACGUCCAUCACGUCCAAAUGACAACCCUGACUUUGGUUUGCCAUCAGGGGCUGACAUACCUGACGGCCGCCGUAUGAGACCAGCCGCUCCUCCUGCAGCAAAAUCUGCCGCAAGACCAGCAGCAAGACCUGCCGGCAGGGCAGCACCUCCUCCUGUCGGAAGACCAGCACCUCCUCCUGUCGGCAGACCAGCACCUCCUCCCGCAGCUAGACCCGCCGCAAGACCCGCUGCAAGAAAAGCAGCUAGACCCGCCGCUAGACCAGCUGCAGGACCAGCAUAUGUUACCCGUACACGAUCAGGCGCACCACCACCGGCUGCACGUCGUUUCAAUGACAACCCUGACAUCAAUCUUCCAAACAGCAGAGACUGGCCUGAUGCAAGAAGAUACGUGCCACAACCAGCUGCACCUGCCCCAGUUUUCUCAUAUGCCCCAGUUGCCCCCGCUGUCCCCGCUGCCCCAGUACAGGAUUGCGACUACUAUUGUCAAUUUGACCCAGUCAAACCAGUUUGCACCAUCUACGGAAACGAAUAUGACAACGACUGCUACAGAAAAUGCCGAAAUGAACCACGUGACUGUGAAAACGCUUGUCCAUGUGACGGAUCUGGACCCGAGCCAGCCGCACCAGCACCAGUUGUUCCAGCUAACCCAUGGGCCGGACCAUGCGAUUAUUGUAAUGCUGAAGAAUAUAGCCCAGUAUGUGUUGACAACGAGGAAAACCUUCCAAACGAAUGUUUUGCAAUGUGCGAGGGCAAGACAGUUACUUGUACAUCAUCGUGUCCAUGUAAUUAAGGGGGAGAGGGAAGAACAAGAGAGAUUAUAAGUCGAGAGUUACGUCACACUAUCAAAUGACGUCAUACUACAUGCCAGUAGCAUUUCACAUUUUGUGUCUAGAGCUUGUUUUGGGAUAUCUGAAUUUUCCCACUUUGUUGUUAGUUAUUGUCAUAUAUAUGAACAUCACAGAAAAUUAAAGGUUGCGAAAACUGA